AUGCCCCUUCCACAGAGUGACACGCGUUGCUCUGCCGGCGUCGCUAGCAGCCGACAUCCGAUAAAGGUGCUGUCUCGGGACCUCGCAUCGACUUUGUCAACGUCGGCGGGAGAGCUCAGCCGAUCUGAUGGCGAAGAUUCGCUGGAAGAGCAAACUGCAGUGCUUCUCCAGCUACCAUGCAAACUGGAAGAUGUGUGCGCGCAGCUCUGCGAGAAGCUGCAGAAAGUUCCAUUGCCGGCUCUCGGCCACGUCGCUGCACCGGUCGGCUCUUUGUCCCCUGUGCUUUGCUCCACACCUCCCGCAGAUGCCCUCGACGACCACGUUCGCUGCACAGUGAUGGCACUCUCUGGCAACGUCGUGGCAAAAGUUUUUGUUCUCAAGGGCCAACCAUGGCUCGAUGCCAUACCUUUUGGUUAUUGGUGUCAUUGCUGGAACGUAGCGAAUUUUCACCUCUCCGACAAGGACAUGGUGGUGUUCCCGCGGCCAAGACUCAGCCAGUUGGUUCCCUCGGAUGGAUCUGACAUUGUUCUCAAGCUCGUCACCAGCAACCAGCCGCCCCCAGUGAACAUUCGUGUGGUCAUUGGGAAGGGAGCUGCCACCUCUGCGACUUACAGACCGCAGCCUAGCACCAGUCCGCUCUACGACUUCUGCGAGCUUCAGACUCUCAUGCUGCGAAAUUUGGAUCGGGUGCAACUGAAAGACGUUGAUCUUCGGUGCCCAGACGGUCCGUUAGCCAAGCGGCUCCGGCAACGUUUCUAUGAGAUGCUGCACUGCAACGUGAAGCUGGGAAAGCGGAUGCUGUCCGAAUUUCGUGCUGAUGAGUCCACGUCGACCUAUUACCUGCACGUGCUAGUGUCUUCAGAUGGCCAGAGACUGACUUUACGUGCCAAGUUGCUAUAUGAUCCAGUUUAUCUUCGUGUGCCUGUGGUGGAGGACGGCAAAGUCUGUCCAUGGAAUAAGCCGGCUUUCGCCGAAAUCUGCGAGGCUAUUCAGCAUGCAAGCGUAUAA